AUUGCCGUCCCGCCUCGGGGCGGAGGGGCCCGCGAUGUGCGACAUGAUAGACUCACAGUCCGCCGAGAAGAUCAGCAGGAUGAAAAAGUUGCGGAGAACUUUGUCGGAGAGCUUCAGCCGAAUAGCCUUGAAGAAAGAAGACAGCAGCUUUGAUGAGAUAUGUGUCACAAAGAUGUCUACACGGAACUGCCAGGGAAUGGAUUCAGUGAUCAAACCUCUGGAUACAAUUCCUGAGGAUAAGAAAGUCAGAGUCCAGAGGACCCAGAGUAGCUUCGAUCCCUUUGAGAAACCAACUAAUCAAGUGAAGAGGGUUCAUUCAGAGAACAACGCUUGCAUUAACUUCAAAAGUUCAUCUGCAGGGAAGGAAUCACCCAAAGUCCGACGGCAUUCCAGCCCUAGCUCUCCUACAAGUCCCAAGUUUGGAAAAGCAGACUCAUAUGAAAAACUGGAAAAACUAGGGGAAGGGUCCUAUGCUACAGUAUACAAAGGGAAAAGCAAGGUUAAUGGAAAGCUGGUGGCCCUGAAGGUGAUAAGGUUACAAGAAGAAGAAGGAACCCCAUUUACAGCUAUUAGGGAAGCUUCUCUUUUGAAAGGACUGAAACAUGCAAACAUUGUACUGCUUCAUGACAUCAUUCACACAAAGGAGACUUUAACACUCGUUUUUGAAUAUGUGCACACUGAUUUAUGUCAAUACAUGGACAAACACCCUGGAGGUCUUCAUCCAGAAAAUGUGAAGUUAUUUUUAUUUCAGUUGCUGCGAGGACUGUCUUACAUCCACCAGCGUUACAUUUUGCACAGGGACCUGAAACCACAGAAUCUUCUGAUCAGUGACACGGGGGAGUUAAAGCUGGCAGACUUUGGUCUUGCAAGAGCUAAAUCAGUUCCCAGCCAUACGUAUUCUAAUGAAGUGGUAACUCUAUGGUACAGACCUCCAGAUGUCCUUUUGGGAUCAACAGAAUAUUCUACCUGCCUUGAUAUGUGGGGAGUGGGAUGUAUCUUUGUAGAAAUGAUUCAAGGGGUCGCUGCUUUUCCAGGAAUGAAAGACAUUCAAGAUCAACUUGAAAGGAUAUUUCUGGUACUUGGAACACCAAAUGAAGAUACAUGGCCUGGAGUCCACUCAUUACCCCAUUUCAAACCAGAACGGUUUACACAGUACAGCCCUAAAAACCUUAGGCAAGCAUGGAAUAAGCUGAGCUAUGUGAAUCAUGCGGAAGAUCUAGCCUCCAAACUACUCCAGUGUUUCCCAAAGAACAGAUUGUCAGCACAGGCAGCACUGAGCCAUGAGUAUUUCAGUGAUCUGCCCCCUCGGCUAUGGGAAUUAACUGACAUGUCUUCUAUUUUUACUGUACCGAAUGUAAGAUUGCAAGCAGAGACCGGAGAAAGCAUGAGAGUCUUUGGGAAAAACAAUAGUUAUGGCAAAGGUGUAUCAAACAGCAAACAUUGAAGAAUACAUGAGUUCAUAAUAGAUAA